AUGUUGACUCAGGAGAUCCUCCCGUUAGCAAAAAUUGAGGAAAAGCUUUGGAAUGACUACGCAGAUCCUUCUCGUUUACUUCCGGCAGAUUCUUCUGGUUUACUUCCGGCAGUUCCUACUUCGGAUUUUCUAGAAUCAACUAGAGUUUUUUAUGUAUACGGCGCUUGGAAGGAACAUGAUGUUUUCACUGGUCAAGGAUGGUAUUGUAGACGGACGGACUCCAAAGGUAUCAUGAUGGGGGCAAUGAAUCUCCGACGUAGCCUAUCUCCUUUACAUGCAGAAUGUGAAGCGUUGAUUUGGGCAAUGGAGUGUAUGAAGACCCUGCAAUUCUCAGAUGUGGUUUUUGCAACGGAUUGUUCUCAACUGGUGAAGAUGGUGUCAUCACCUGAAGAAUGA